UGGUUUCACCUAUCACCUUCCAGCGAGACAUUUCCUCGCCCGCCCCGAUUUUAUUCAGAUAUUUCUCCCAUCCCAUCUCAGUCCUGAAGGAGGGUUCAAAUGAAAACUCUUUUCGAUAGAUGCUGCCCGACCUGCUGAGUUCCGCCAGCAUUUUGUUUGUGUUGCUCUGAAUUUCCAGCAUCUGCAGACUUUGUGGUGUUUGUGAUUUACCUCUCCGUUGUUCCUCCCGCCUCCGGCCACUGGUGGCUCUGCAUGGACCCCUGGAGACUGCUGGAGCUGCGCGGGCCUCCGGCCACGGGUGGCGCUGCGUAGAAACCUCUGCUAAACGCAUGCGCACUGCUCUCUGUAGCUGUUGGCAGUUCUCCGAUUCGACCGGGGGUGAGUCAGGGUUGAUCCCGAAAUUGUAUAAAUGUGGGCCGGUUGCAUUGGGAAAGGGCCGGGCCCGAGCUCUGCCGGACGGCUGGAGCAGGGGUGCAGUGGUAAUUUUUUAGGUGCCAGAGCUGUACGGAGGGUGGUUGAUAAGUUCGUGGCCUAAGUUAGAAGGCCUAAAGUUAUACAACUCUCGGGACCUGCACGUGUAGUUCAACUCUUUGAGUGAUUCUGCAGAAAGUUUGAAGUUAAUAACUUUUGCGGUAUUUCUGUUUCAGCCACCUAAAUUGGAACCAAGUAAUCAAGUAUGAAAAAGAACGUCUGAUGAACUAUUGCUAAAGCCACGAAUAUUGCUGAAUAUUAGUCUCAAAAGCGUUAGACCCGCAGUGAGAGAUUUAUUGGAAGAAAAACCACGACUGAAGACGAGGGAACAGCAACAAUGAAACAACCCGAGGACUGAGAGCAUAAACUGGAGAGAACCCAUCUGACUCAGAGAUUCCAGUGAUUCAGUCAGGAGAAAGUUGGGUGUCCUCGUGGGCCGUCCGUAAAUGAUUUCAGCUGGUGACAACCCUGUUUUCCCCUGUGGGGUAACCCUCGUGUGGAAUCGGGCGACUGGUCGGACCUUCAACCAAGUUAAAAAUUACAAGGAAUUUGUCUACGGGAAUCUCGAACACAACACGCCAGUUUUGCUGUCUCUGUCCAGAUAUUUAAGAAGUGGAGCAAGGGAUUCACUCGACCAUCCUUACUGCUCUGACUGUGGGGAGGGAUUCACUCGGUCAUCCUUCCUGCUCAGACUGUUGGGAGGGAUUCACUCGAUCAUCCUUCCUGCUCAGACUGUGGGGAGAGAUUCACUCGGUCAUCCUUCCUGCUCAGACUGUGGGGAGGGAUUCACUCGAUCAUCCUUCCUGCUCAGACAGUGGGGAGGGAUUCACUCGAUCAUCCUUCCUGCUCAGACUGUGGGGAGGGAUUCACUCGAUCAUCCUUCCUGCUCAGACUGUGGGAAGGGAUUCACUCGAUCAUCCUUCCUGCUCAGACUGUGGGGAGGGAUUCACUCGGUCAUCCUUCCCACUCAGACUGUGGGGAGGGAUUCACUCGAUCAUCCUUCCUGCUCAGACAGUGGGGAGGGAUUCACUCGAUCAUCCUUCCUGCUCAGACUGUGGGGAGGGAUUCACUCGGUCAUCCUUCCCGCUCAGACUGUGGGGAGGGAUUCACUCGAUCAUCCUUCCCACUCAGACUGUGGGGAGGGAUUCACUCGAUCAUCCUUCCUGCUCAGACUGUGGGGAGGGAUUCACUCGGUCAUCCUUCCCACUCAGACUGUGGGGAGGGAUUCACUCGGUCAUCCUUCCCGCUCAGACUGUGGGGAGGGAUUCACUCGGUCAUCCUUCCCACUCAGACUGUGGGGAGGGAUUCACUCGAUCAUCCUUCCUGCUCAGACAGUGGGGAGGGAUUCACUCGAUCAUCCUUCCUGCUCAGACUGUGGGGAGGGAUUCACUCGGUCAUCCUUCCCGCUCAGACUGUGGGGAGGGAUUCACUCGGUCAUCCUUCCUGCUCAGACUGUGGGGAGGGAUUCACUCGGUCAUCCUUCCUGCUCAGACUGUGGGGAGGGAUUCACUCGAUCAUCCUUCCUGCUCAGACUGUGGGGAGGGAUUCACUCGGUCAUCCUUCCUGCUCAGACUGUGGGGAGGGAUUCACUCGAUCAUCCUUCCCGCUCAGACUGUGGGGAGGGAUUCACUCGAUCAUCCUUCCUGCUCAGACUGUGGGGAGGGAUUCACUCGGUCAUCCUUCCUGCUCAGACUGUGGGGAGGGAUUCACUCUAUCAUCCUUCCUGCUCAGACUGUGGGGAGGGAUUCACUCGAUCAUCCUUCCUGCUCAGACUGUGGGGAGGGAUUCACUCGAUCAUCCUUCCUGCUCAGACUGUGGGGAGGGAUUCACUCGAUCAUCCUUCCUGCUCAGACUGUGGGGAGGGAUUCACUCUAUCAUCAGACUGA